AUGAGGGCAUGGAUUGCGUUGAUUUUGCUGGGUUUGAGUAAAGUGAACGGGCAGCUCAAUUCGACUUUUUAUGACAGCACGUGUCCCAACGUGUCGUCGAUAGUUCAAGCGGUGGUGAAACAAGCAAUUUCGAAAGAAUCAAGGAUGGGCGCAUCCUUACUCCGUCUUCACUUUCACGACUGCUUUGUUAACGGCUGCGAUGGGUCGAUACUGUUAGACGACUCGGCGAACAUAACCGGAGAAAAAACCGCUGGUCCAAACAAUAAUUCUGUGAGAGGAUUCGACGUGAUCGAUACCAUCAAAUCACAGGUCGAAGCAAUCUGCAGUGGAGUUGUGUCUUGUGCAGACAUUGUCGCCAUUGCUGCUCGUGACUCUGUGGUCGUGUUGGGAGGGCCAACAUGGAUAGUGCAGCUGGGAAGGAGGGACUCGUUAACUGCGAACCUAGCGGGUGCAAAUAGCAACCUUCCGGGUCCCGCAUUCAACCUCAGCGGACUCAUCUCAGCAUUCAGUGCUCAGGGUCUUUCUACCAAGGAUAUGAUUGCCCUUUCAGGUGCUCAUACAAUUGGUCAAGCGCGGUGUACCACUUUCAGAACGCACAUCUACAAUGACACCAACAUCAAUAGCACAUUCGCCAGUUCUGUGCAGGCUAACUGCCCUUUCAAUGGUGGAGACAACAAUCUGUCGCCCUUAGAUUUGAAAACUCCCACUACCUUUGACAGCGAUUACUACAAAAAUCUGAUAAGCCAGAAAGGACUUUUCCACUCCGACCAAGAGCUUUUUAAUGGAGGAUCUGCUGAUUCUCAGGUUACUACCUAUGCUAACAACCAAAACACCUUCUUCAAUGAUUUUGCAGCUGCAAUGGUGAAUAUGGGAAACAUAAGCCCUCUCACUGGUAGCAGUGGACAAGUAAGGAAGAACUGUCGUAAGCCCAAUUGA